AUGAGAAAAAGUGGGAGAUCAUUUCCCAGCACAGGAACUGACUAUGGAUUUUUAAAGAAACCCAAACAAGCUAAAAUAGACACCGCAGAAACUUGUGAUAUGCCAGUAUUCGUGAACGCCAGACUCAAAAGUGGUGGCACUAGGUUUCAGCUCAAUGACCAGCUGGACUUUGAAUGCUAUGAUGGAUAUGAAAGCAGACAUGGACGAAGCAUGGGCUCUAUAGUCUGCAGUAACAGUGGUUGGUCUGAUAUUCCCAUGUGCUAUGAAAGCAACUGCAGGAUUCCCCAAAUAGAAAAAUACUUAAUUGUUGACCCCAAGAAAGACAAAUAUAAAGUUGGAGAUGUGUUGAAAUUCUCCUGCAGAGGAUUAACAAGAGUUGGACCAGAUUCAGUUCAGUGUUACUACUUUGGAUGGUCCCCUAAUUUUCCAACAUGUAAAGAGCUAGUAAAAUCGUGUGGUACACCUCCUCAACUCACCAAUGGGGCAGUUAAUGAAACAAAGAAAGAAAAAUAUGAACACGACGAAGUGGUGGACUAUGUUUGCAACCUUGGAUUUUUGAUGAAGGGUCCUAAUAAAAUUCAGUGUGUGGAUGGAAUAUGGACAACCUUGCCUCUAUGUAUUGGUAAUGCCAGGACAUGUGGAAAUACACCUGGACUUGCUUAUGGCUAUGCUCUUGGGUCUUCUGCCCCUCCCUAUCACCAUGGAGAUUCGCUGCAGUUCAAUUGCAAAGAAACAUUUACAUUGACUGGAUACAGAUCAGUUACAUGUGUUGGAGGAAAGUGGACCCAACUUCCUCAGUGUGUUGCAACAAAUGACAGUGGGAAGUGUAAAUUAUCACAGUUAUCUGGCUAUGAGGUGGUUGAAUUUGAUCAUAACACCAACAUAAGUUACAAAUGUAGUGGAAGAUCAGAGCACAAACACUCAAUCUGCAUCAAUGGAAGAUGGGAUCCUGAAGUAGCCUGCACAGAGCUACAAACACAGUCAUGUCCACCACCACCUCAGAUUCCCAAUGCUCAAGAUAUGACAACCACAGUGAAUUACCAGGAUGGAGGAAAAAUAUCCAUUCUCUGUCAAGAAGAUUAUGUAAUUCAGGAUUCAGAAGAAGUUGUGUGUAAAGGUGGAAGAUGGCAUCAAUACCACCCUGUGUUGGUCAAAAAGAUUCCAUGUUCUCAACCACCUCAUAUAGAACAUGGAAUCAUGAGAGCAUCUAAUUCUUCAGAAGAAAGGGAAGAAACCUUUAAUUCCAGCCUUUAUGUCCAUGGCACUAAAUUAAGUUAUAUUUACAAAGAUGGUUUCAGGAUAUCUGGAGAAGAUGGGAUAACAUGCUACAUGGGAAAAUGGAGUUCUCCACCUCGGUGUGUAGGGUACAAGUCCAUGUUCAUCAUCUGGCCCCUGUGGAUCAAGGUGGGGAGAGAAGUGGUUUUAGGUUUCUCCUAUGAUGUUUUUCUGAAGUAA